ACCUACGCCAGCCGCUCGAUCCUAUGUAUCGACUGCUGCGUGAUGUCCGUCACCUUGAGCGCGCGGUACCGCCGGUCGAGCGCGACCUGCAGGAACACGCUCGACACCUCGUGCAGGCGGUGCUCCCUCCUCUGGAUAUACUGGUCGUCCAGGCACUGCGCGAUGUGCAGCCAGAUCUCCGGGGGGAGCGCAGCGUGUGUCAUCCUGGCGAUUCAGAGUGUGGAAGUCCAAGCUCGUGCUCGUGCUCGUGGCGGUCGGUGCAGAAGUCCAGGGCGCGAGCGAGAAGGGGCGUAGCGCGGUGUUUAUAACGGGGCGCGGGCGCUCCCCGGACCCCGGCUGCCAUCAGAGGGCGAAUUGAGGCGGCCUCGCGCGGGGAACAUCACAACACGUGGCGGCGUGCGCAUUCCCGGGCUCCGAUCAAUGCACGCGGACUUUGUCCCGUCCCGCCGUGCCUUGUGAGGGAACCCACACCCAGGAAGAUCGGCCGACGAUGCCCAAGGAUACGACGAAGGGCGCGAUGAAAGGAGCAAGGAGCGGGAAGAACGACAGGAAUCGAGAGGGUCAGAAGAAGAAGAAAUAUCGGAGCGACGGUACACCCAUCUGGACGAAGCCCACGAUCGAGGGUCCAGGGAUCUGGGCGACUUGUCCGCGAGGGAAGGAGCGCCAGACAGUUGGAGAGCUCUACGAUUUGUUCGAGUCUCUCUCCGCUGAGAUAUGGCCUCCGGCAGAGGGUGAAGUAGGGGAGACUGAGGGCCCCUCUACGGAAUCGGCCAACGCAGAUGAUUCCGACUCGGAUGAGGACCUCAGCAUCGAGGCGCAGAUUGCGAAGGAGGUAGCGGGCAUCAAGAAACCCGCAGCUGAGAAGAGAAUACAGAACUGCCACACGGAUACGCAGUGCGUCGUUUUCAUGGCGUGCAGGCCGCCUGUGGAACCCGUUGUGUUGGUUAUGCGGCACCUGAAGAAUGUGGAGAUGACGGGGAUUACCAGGACGAGACAGACCCACCGUCUCCUCCCCGUCUCCGGCUCUUGUACCGCCAACAUCCCCGAGAUCCAGGCUCUCUGUCGCGAUGCGUGGGCGAAAUAUAUGACCGGGCGAGUGAAUGCAACGUCGAAGUACAAAAUCGAGCUCCGCAUCCGCAACCACAGCACCCUUACGCGCAUGGCGAUCAUCCAGGCCGUCGCCGAGUGCGUGCCCGAGGGGUUCAGCGUGGAUCUGAACGACCCGGAGGUGUUUGUGUUGGUGGAGGUGUUCAAGAGCACCUGCGGCAUUGGCGUCGUCGAGGACUACUAUCGUCUGCAUAAGUUUAACGUGGGUGAGGUGGCGAAAAUGUGCAAGGCGAGGGGGGAGGGUCAGGCGAGUAUGACGCGGCUGGGGGAGGCUGGGGGUGCGGAGGCGGCGGCGGGGAAGGUUGUUGAGGCACUGGCGGAGAAUGCUGCUGAGGCGAAAGCACCGGCGGAGAAGAAUGCUGGGGUGCAAGAGGAAAAGGUCGCUGAGGCGCAAACAGAAAAGAUUCUCGAAGCGCCUGCGGUGGAGACGCAAGGGAAGAAGCCAGCCGAGGAUUUUGGGACCGGUAGCGCGGUCUUGUGAUUGAUCACAUCAGGACAUGGAGUGUGCAUAUAGUUUUCUAUCUUGACUGCACAGUAUACAAGACGAAUUACUCUGACCACA